UGAGCCCACAUCCCAGUACUCUCUCUCCUCACUAACUGAGGUAGAGUCACCCUGGCUGCACUCCCCUCCUCGGAGCCCGAGAGUUGCCCGUAGCAACCUAUACAGCAGUCGUCGUGGUGCCCGGCGCGCUGACGUCAGAACCCCGCGCAAGCGCGCCUCUUGCAGUGCGGCGACGUGUGACGUAAUUUGCGGUGGUGGGUGCUCGAGCUCCGGCGGUUUGAUUCCCUCCUGCCGUUCGGUUUCCGUUGCCCGCGCAGCGCUCUAUACAGAGGUCACGGAGCGCAACUUCCUGCAGGCAGACACAGAGCGGCCGCCCCCUCCUCCAGCCCGGACACACAGCACGCAGCCCGACCCGGUAACCGCCAUGAGCGUGGAGGCGUACGGCCCGAGUUCGCAGACCCUCACCUUCCUCGACACGGAGGAGGUCGAGCUGCUCGGGGCCGACACUCAGGGCUCGGAGUUCGAGUUCACCGACUUCACGCUGCCCAGCCAGACCCAGACACAGGGCCAGACGCAGAGCCAGCUGGACGGACAGGUAGGCCGCACGGCUUCCGGGAGACACAGGGAAGGAGGGAGGGAGGGAAGGAGGGUGACGGUGCGGCCUAGGGGGACCUCGUGUGUCCUGUGCUGGCACCCUGCCCCGGGCUCAGAGCUGGCAGGCUGGAUCCCUAGUGACCCCGGCCGCCUGGGACCCUGCCCUGGAUAAUAUGACCGUGUCAUGACUCCAUGGGAAGUGCUGUGCCCCAUGUGUUACCGGGAGCACUCACUGCAUGCCUCCAGCUCUGAGUGCGCACUCAGGGCCCGGGGGGGGAGGGCUGAUAUUGCCUGUUACCUUUUUAAAUUAUUUUAUAUUUUUACGUCUGCAUUGGAUUUCUUAAAAUCUUUGUUUCCAAAGUUGGGCAAGUGUUUUGGCAUCGUGUUAAUGUUAUAAUUCUUAAUAUUACUAAUAAUGUAAAGCUCCUCAGAAUAAGUUGGAGCUAUUUGAGUGUCAAAAAUAGUAAUAAGUAAUCUUGACAUGUUGUUGGUAUAGGCUCUAUAGUUUAUUGUAGUGGUGAAGUUUCUUUUUUGGGCCACUUGGCGUUUGUCAGGAGAAUUGGAAAUUUUGUAAAUUGUAAUUUUAUAUCACGCAAAAUGGACUCCCCUUUCAAAUAUAUUCUUAUUUUUAAACCAUUAACGACAAUUGCACACGUUACGGAAUUUUGGAAUGUGGGUAUAUUUCAAUUUUAUAGUUGUAGUUUUUGUAUGUGUCAAGAUUGAGAAGGCUGGAUAGCUUCUUUAUAGAAGAUGAAAGCAGAACUGUUUUUUUUCUGUAGAGUAAGAAGAUGAGCGCAAUACAUUUACGCACUUCUGUCAACAAUUAUUGUAUUUAUGUAGCGCCAUCAGAUUCCGUAGCACUGUACACUGGGUGGACUAACAGACAUGUAAUUUUAACCUGACAAUUGGACGUACAGGAACAGAGAGGUCGAGGUUCUAGAAGGAGUGGGGUAUAGUGACACAAAGGGUAAAAGCUGGGGUACAAAGUAGGUUGUUAGAAAAGUAUUAAUUGAGGGCUUAGGUAAUUUUUGACAGUUGCGGGAGAGGCGUCAUGGGGGAUAAAAACCUAACAGUUUAAUUGAAAUACUUUCUUGAAGUGAGUUUUCAAUGAUUUUUUUUUUUUUGAAUGAGUGGAGACUGGGUGAAAGUCUUAUGGAGAAGGGAAGGGAGUUCCACAGAAGAGGUGCAGCCCUGGAGAAAUGUUUGAGGCGUCCAUUAGAGGUGGGCGUACGGACAGAGGAUAUACGCAGGUCUUUGGUAGAGCGUAGGGGCCUCAAUGGGAUAUACUUGUGUAUUAGGGAGGAUAGGCAGGUUGUAGCAGCAUUAUGUAGGGACUUGUAAGCAAGCACUAGAAUCUUAAAUUGAGCCCUAUAUCUAACUGGAAGCCAAUGCAGGAACUGACAGAGCGGGGAGGCAUGGGAGGUGCGAGCGGACUGGAAAAUGAGCCUCGCCGCCGUAUUCAUUAUAGAUUGCGGCAGUGCAAUCUGGGAACACGUAAGACCGUAGUCAAUGAUAUUUCAAGACUGUAUAGCUCAUUUGGGUAUAAUAAAGGGACUUGCACUUUUACAUACAGUUGUAGCCACCUUUAUCUAGGUAACGUGCAUUUUUCUUAAAAGUAAAGUAGUAUCGGUUUCGUUUUUAUAUCCUAUUGUGUCUUUACAUAAUUUUGGUGAAUAGUCUCAAUCUAAUGACAUUUUUUUAAUAAAAAAUAAUUGAGAAUUUAUGCAAUCUGUCAAUUUCUGCAUUUAAAGGCGAUGAUUACAAAUCAAGUUUGGCAUAUUGAGUUUGUAGUGUAGGUUAGGGUAAUAGAUACUUUUUAAAAAAAUUUUAUAAUAUUUGAAAUAUAUUUUUGUACGUAAGAGAUAUUGCAGUGUCCUUCAGAGUGACAGUAUAUCAAUAGUACAAUGUCCAGCUCAAUAUUCCAAGCUAAAUUAAUGUAAACAUGCCCCAUGUUUGUCUGUUUCAUAUGUGUACUCAUUUGGAUAAAAGAGGGGAAAACUGAGAUGGGCCCAACUGUCCAGAACAGACUGAGUUAAUGGUCGUUGUAUGGUUCCACAAAGAAAAUCUUGACUCUACUUCACCUAAAGAUGUAUGACUCCUUAUAGUGAAUUUGUUUCUAAAGGAAAAUAGAGCGUUCAAAAUUUUACAGUAAAUCACACUUAAAGGACAACUAUAGGCAGCUUAAUGAAGUGUUCUGGGUGCCAGGUCCAGCUAGGGUUAACCUUUUUUUGUUUUAAAUAAACCAUAGCAGUUUCAGAGAAACUACUAUGUUUAUAAUAGGGUUAAUCCAGCCUCUAGUGGCUGUCUCUUGACAGCCGCUAGAGGCGCUUGCGUGCUUCUCACUGUGAUUUUCACAGUGACAAGACGCCAGCGUCCAUAAGAAAGCAUUGUGAAUGCUUUCCUAUGGACUGGCUGAAUGCGUGCGCAGAUCCUGCCGCGCAUGCACAUUCAGCCGAAGAAGAGGGGAGGAGAGCUCCCCGCCCGGCGCUGGAGAAAGAGUUGAGUUUAACCCCUUCCUCUACCCAGAGCACGGCGGAAGGGGGGGACCCUGAGGGUGGGGGCACCCUCAGGGCACUAUAGUGCCAGGAAAACAAGUAUGUUUUCCUGGCACUAUAGUGGUCCUUUAAUUUCACCUGCAUCUAAAAUGGUCUUUAAACAAUCUCAGAAACAAAACGAAUCUCGGUUUAAACAGUGAUUGACAGUUGCUUCAUGCAUAAAUUGUACUGUAGUUAUGUCACAUCUUCCCCAUCCACUAUACAGGAACCUGCACAGAGAUAUCCAUACAGUCUGGCAGUGGGUAGGAAAGCCAAUGCUGAAGACUACUUUUAUACUAACCAUUCUUUCUGUUUGAUAACAAACCUAGGGUACUGACAGUGUCAGACCUUUUUUUUGACUCGCUGUGUGUUAUAAGAGGGAACAGCCAAUGUAAAUGAGAUUUAAUUAGGAAGGAUACAUGGGGACUUUGGUACUUUCCAAGUACACCCUGGAAUAUGCAAAUUAAUUGCACACUUUUUAACUUGAUGGAAUCUGUUUGCCAGUUUACAGCAUUCAAAUGUCAUUAAUUUAAUUUACAGACAUUAGAACUUGACACAUUUGCUUGGAAUCUUGGAGCGAGGUUAGUAGCCAGGAUUAAUGUAAAUGUAAACAUUGCUUAUUAGUGAAAAAGCAGUGUUUACAUUGCUGCCUAGUAACGACUCUAGUGACAGUCACUCAGACAGCCACUAGAGUUGAUUCCUAGUCAAGUGCUGCAUACUCUCACAGGAGGUCGCUCUCCACCCAUGGUUGCUAUAACUUCCUAGCCGGCGCUGGCUAAGGAGUAUAAAACCAGAGGGACGUGGCAUCCCUCUCUUCAGGCACUGGCAACAAAGAGCGUGUCAGCGUCAUGGAGAUUUGCUCAGCUUGGGAAGUGUCUCCAAAUGGCAAAUCAACAAAGAGCAGAGGAGGAGUGUGGGAGGACCAGAGGUGGGUGUUACAAACUGGUAACACCUACCGCUGUGAGGUGAUUGCCACAGAGGGCCGGGUAAGUAAGUUUUCAUUUAAACUCUGUGGGUUGCGACCGUUAAAGGGACACUAUAGUCUCCAGAACAACUACAGCAUAGCUCAGACAUUAAUAACAGAAAUACAGGUUUCUAUUUCUAAAUUUGAUGUUCCUUUAAUGUCUACUUAUGGCCAUCCAAAAUUAUUGGACAUUUCUAAUGUAUUUCUGUGAACAAGCUUUCCCUGUAUUUGGAGAAAAUAUCACUAUAUUUGGCGUUGUAUAUUUUAGGGUUUUGGUUAUUCGUAUCCCUCUGUUUAAACUCACUGGUUCAGAUUAGCUAAUGCUUAUUUUAUUAUCUUAGUCCAAUUAAAUUGAACAACAAAUAUAGUAUUAUCUGUUGGAUAUUCCACCCUGACCUAAAAAAAGGCAUGUAUUGCUUACGCUAUUGUAUUUAACUGCAAUUUAAGUAAAUUUAUACUUUUUAAUAAACAUCUUGUAUCGUGCCUUUUACAAUUUUACAGAAUAAGUGUGGUUUUUCCUGCUAAUGUUUAUAAGAUGUCACGAGAACUCAGUUGCAGGUUCACAUUCUUGAAGAUUAAAGGGUUACUCCAUCAAAAACCAUUGGUGUAUUAAAAGUUUAUUUUAGUUGGAGUAACACUUGCUGGCAUCCUGCUUUGUGUGCCAAGAGAUCUGCUCAGAUUUAAAGCGACAUGAGUCACUUGACAAUUAUUUUUUUUUUUUUUAACCAGCAAGCAAACACAAUCAAAUUUACCUACCAAAAUAAAGCAAGAAGUUGAAAAGUAUGGUAUAACUAUUGAUAAACUUACUAUAAACUUGGUCACGUUGCAUUGUUGGGAAACACCUCUCAACUGGGGGGGUUUCUUCAGCUCCUCUCUCCUAUACCCCUCUCAGAUCAAGACCAACCCAGUGGCAGAUUAUGCAGCAGCAGUUGAGUGAAACUUGACACCAGAGUCUGCUCUGCAUGGUCUCACUGGUCAGACUUCUUCUCUCUGUCAGAAUGUUGAAAGGUGAAGAGAACUGCACUUAUUCAGCAUUGGUUAGAUCUGUGUCAGAGUGUGUAGAAACAUUUGAAGAAAAGAUCAUAUUUACCUGUUUUUUCAGCACGUAGAGUGAGACAACUUUCUCUUUCAAACCUAAAGCUUUUGAAUUGGUUUGAUGGUUUUCACAAAGCGAUGUAUGUCUCUCUAACAUUAGCAGGCCCUGAAUUCUUAUUCCAGGCUAGCUAAUGAUGUUGCUGGAUGUUUACUCCUCCAGCAGCUUCGUCCAAUUUCUCUCUUCUUUCAAACUGAAAAACUGCUCACAAUAGUACAACUUCAAAACAUUAAAGUGGUCGUGGUGCUCGGAAUAACCCUUUACAUUUUCAAACUGGUUUGCAACAAACGUCAGGAAAAGGCCUAUUGCCUACUUACACAGGAAAUACAUAGCAGCCUGAAUAUAGCUCUAUAAAAAUUGUGAAUCUCAUACAUCAAAAGCGUCAUUGUACUCUUCUGUACUUAGAGCAGUUAUAAAAUGUGCUUGCGUGUAUCACUUCUAAAGAAAAUCAAAAUCUGUAUCUUUACAUUUUAUAACAAUUCUCAUGUGGAAAAAGUAAUGCUGUAAAACUGUUAACUAUUUUAUUUAUAUAGCGCCAACAAAUUCCAUAGCGCUGUAAUUAUACUUGCAAUCUACAAUAAGACACCUAUGCAGCAAGAUAUGAACCGUAUAUAGAAACAAUGUACAGGGAAAAAAUGGCGCUACGAUCUAACAUUAAAAAAAUAAGUAACCCAGUGCAGCUAAAAAAAAUCACCCAAGUCCUUUGUCACAAAAAACACUUCAUACAUACGUAGGAAUACAAUAAUUAACAAGGUGAUUGCGCACACAGUGGUACAAGAUGCUCUUGCUAUACGAUGUCUGGUAUAUCCUAUGCAGUGUAAACAUAAAAACCCAUCAUAGGGCAAUAUGUACACUUAAAAUGGAUAAAUAAGAAUAAAUUGAAACACUUCAUUAUGUUUAGAGCCCUUAUGAGUCGGGCUCUAAACAUUGUGAGUGCUCGAUUUUAUUCUUACAUCUGCUGCUCAUUGUUCCAUGGGACCACAGAGGCACAAAAUUCCUCUCUGGGAAAUCUUUUAUGGGAUUGUGUGUGUGUGUGUGUGUGUGUGUGUGUGUGUGUGUGUGUGUAUAUGUAUGUAUAUAUAUAUAUAUAUAUAUAUAUAUAUAUAUAUAUAUACACACACAGCAAUGUACUGAUAAAAAUAAAUAAAUAUAUAGUUUUUUUUUAUCAGUUCAUUGCUAUUAAGGUAGUACUUAAAAUAGAUCAGUGCGGCUUUUGUUCGAAUAGAUUUCACAGUGGGAUGUACCAGCAAUAAUAUCUCCAGAAACGCAUGAUAUAUGUAAUUUAUAACUUUGUGGCCUAUAAUUAAGCUAUCUACUGGACUUUUCAAACUGCAGUGCCCUUUACUAUGUGUCAACCAUGUCUUCCCUUUGAAAAUUAUCUCUAGCACUUUUCUUAACGUUUGUUAAACAAUAACUCAUUUAUUUGAACAUUUAGAUUAGUAAUUGCUAGUCUUUCAUGUGGAUGCAAUACUGUCUGCAUCCUUGAUUGAAUUGCAAUAGUAAUUAUUUUUCCCUUUUAUGUUUUUAAUGAAAUUAAAUAGCGAUGAAAAUAAAAUCUGCAUAUUUUGGGUGCUGUUUUAUAGGUUUAAGCAAUUUAUCUCCAAAAAUGUAAUACUUUAGCUUUGCACAAAACUACAGUUCCUUUUUUUUUUUUUUCUAGGUUAAUGGUCCAGAUGGAAUACUUCAAAAUGGUAGCGUGGAUGAUGGAGUGGGUAAAACAAGCCAGUUAUUGGGUGAGCUAAACUUUGAAGAAGAUGAAGAAGAUACCUAUUAUACAAAGGAUCUUCCAGUCCAUGCCUGCAGGUGAGCACUUUUGUGGCCAGUAAAGUCAUUAGUGGCAUAUUAUGUUUUGUGAUACUUAAAACUUCCUUAGAGACAAAAUAGGCACCCUGACCUCUUCAAUUCAAUGAAAUUUUCUGGGUGCCAUGUCACAGUAGUUUUAACCCUAUAACUGAAAACACUGCUUUCAUGCAAGAAUGGCAAUGUUUACUGCACAGGGUUAAAAUGCCUCUAGUGGCACACUGACAGCUUCCAAAGACCUUUCUGCUGAAUUAGCAGAGUGAAAUCAUAUGGGAAAGCAAUGGAUUGGCUGAUAUAAAGAUUGAUCUCCGCUGAGGAGACAGGGCUGGCUGCAGAGAGAACACAGCGGCAAGGGAGAAGAGUUAAGUAAAUUAAAUUUUUCAUGCAUUGGGGGAGCAAACUAAACUGCUACAUGACACUAGCUUUGGGAAUACACAUUUGUAUUCCUAACACUAUAGUGUUCCUUAAAUAGUGAGCUUCUCUUGUAACCUUACUCUUAGGAGAUAUGUUUGCUAAUUGUCCUUUGUUUCAUGCUUAAGUGUAGGCCGGUAUUUAAUUAAAAAAAAACAAAAAAAAAACUCAUGUUAUGUAAUGCAUAUUUUCUUUUACAGCUAUUGUGGGAUUCAUGACCCUGCCUGUGUUGUCUACUGCAACACCAGCAAGAAAUGGUUCUGUAAUGGACGUGGAAACACCUCUGGCAGGUAUGUGUGUGUGUGUGUGUGUAUAUAUAUAUAUGUGUGUGUGUGUGUGUGUGUGUGUGUGUGUGUGUAAUAAACCUCAACUAAAUGAAGUGUAAUUUGCUUCAUAGCUUGGAAAACGCAUUCCAACUGCAUCCACAUUGCUGCUUUAAGUUAGGUUGUCUUUCUUAAAAUAUAAAAGAUUAACGCCUUCAAGGCAUCCGUGGUAUAGUGCCAUGUAUGCCCUUCAAUGAUACAAUUUAAAGUUCAAUGUAUUUGUAGAAAAAGACACAAAUAUUUAGCAGUAAAAAAAAAAUGUAGGUAUGCAAACAAUUUUAAAGUGUCAGUGCAGGAAAAGUGACAUAGCAUAAUGAUAUCCCAGUAAUAUACAAGUAAAGAUCUAUAAGUAAGAGAACAAUUUAAAAAAAAAAAAUCACACUGUGAGAAAACACAAACUCUUAUGUGAGAAAGUAGGAUAAAAUUGCACUUUCUUUGUAUAGUAUGUCACAAGGAUCUAAAAUACAUAAGCAUAAAAAUAGACCUAGUGCAACAUAGUCACAAUAAAAUAUAAAAUGUGCUCUGUAAGAAAUACUCACAAUUGAGGAGUGGUUAUAGUACCACUCCAGACCAUCAGGCACAGGGAGAAUCAGACCCUUGAGAUCAUUGGAUCCUAAUGUGGGUUAAACAAAUUCACCACCAACCGGAAGUAUAAAAGUUGAAAGUUUUAUUAUUCACAAUAAUUGAAAAGUAAACAGUAAAAUCACACUGCACUCGAUGUAGACCAAAGGUUCUGGGUGUUGAAGAGCAUAUAAUCUGAGCAUCCUCUCUGUAACUCCCAGCUGGUCGCAAUCUCACUGCACGUGCAGGAAUUUGCUGGUUUCACCCCGCCUCUCUGGGCUUUCUCAAGCAUAAAAGAAAUCUCCCACGUUGAGGGUGAUUGCAUGUCACACCUUUUAAAGUGCCCAUGUCCAUACAUGAAAUAAUGUCCUUUAUGCUAUCUGCAAUUAUUCCAAUAGUCCUCAGAGACCAUAUACAUAUGCACAAUUUCAUAACCUUUCAACAUAAGGAAUACAAAAGGGGAAUACUGUUACGUACUCGCCAUAUGUCACAUCUUAUGAACUCUACAAAGAUCAAUAAACAUAAAGUGUACAGAAUAUUAAUAAAUAAAACCAUAAAAAAGGGGGCAUAUUGUCUAAAAAUAUAAUGGAUACACAACAAUCUAAACUAGGGAAUAGUCUUUAAGAGGAAUCAUAAAAAGUUAAAUCAAAAUCUAUAUUGAGACCGGCCAGGGCUAGAGUUUCCAAGUUAAACACCCACUGCAUUUCCUCUUGGCCAAUUUUCUUAAUAAAAUUCCCCCUCUCCAGUCUUUAAAAACGUUCUUAAUCCCUAUAAAGAGCAAGCCUGUAGGAUCCUGGUUAUGUACUUGUUGGAAGUGGUCUGAAACACUAUGACUAGUUACUCCUUUGCGUAUAUUAUAUACAUGUUUGCGUUUUCUUUUGUAUGGUGUUUGUGUGAUUCUUCCAAUGUACUGCAAUUUACACGGGCACUGUAAUAAAUUGAUGAUAUUGCUGUGAUGUCAUAUGUUUUCUAAUAGUGUACUCAGUCUUUGUUCUUUCUGAUUGAAACUCGUGAUGUACCCCAUUUCCUAUUUGUUGUGUGUUCCUACAGCCUAAACACAUCUUGCACCUAUACAAUCCUGUGAGUUCCCCAAACCUAUUAUUUGUUAUAUGUUUAGGUUUCUCUCUCAGAUAGCUACUAAUUAAAGAAUUCUUAAAAUUGGGAGCCCCUCUGAAAGUGAUAUAAGGUUUUUCGGGUAGUGAUUCACCUUAAUCCUUAUUCGCUUUAAGAAUGGGCCAGUACUUUAUUAAUGUUUAAUUGAUCUGUGUUGUGUAUUAUAGUCGAACACAAAAACAUCACUGGGGGAUACGUGAACACCAAAGUUGUCCUUAUAUAGUAGCUCCAGUUAUGAUUUUUCAUUACCUUCAUCCCAGGACUUUCCCAGGAUAUCCUCAGGAUACUUCUUUAUCUAGUAGUUUCUGGGUUUGUGUUUGGAAUGUACUCUCCUCCGUGCAAUUACGCCUUAGUCCAAGUAAUUGUCCCUUCGGGAUGUUAAGCCAUGGGAAAUAGUCUCCACUACUAUACAUGACAUAACCAGUAGUGUCAACUUUCUUAAAGAAAGUCAUUGUUUUAAGUGAUUCCCCCUCCACAUACAUAUUUAAAUCCAGAAAGUCUAUUUCCGCGGGACUUAUAUUACUAGUCAGCUGGGUGCCCCAGUUGUCAUUAAGAAAAUUUAAAAAGUCCUCAAUGCCCUCCCAAAUAAAAACAAAAAACAAGACACAUAGGCAAGUCCAUGUGCACCCCAGCCCAUGGUCUCCGUAAAUAAUUCUCUUCACAAUGUGCUAUAAAAAUAGUUGUAUUGCUAGGUGCAUAUCUAGUUAUUUAGUGUUCAAUUUAUACAACCAAUCAAAAAGUCUAUUUGGACAGAAGAUGGAGACUGAUCUUUGGUAAAAAAAAAUGCUUAAUGGCCAUACAGCCUUUUUCAUGUGGGAUGCAAUUAAAUAUUUAACAGUAAAUUUCAACAGAAAUUUGAAAAGCCUCAAAAUUGGACAUAUUAAAGGGCCACUCCGGACACCUUAAGAACUUAAUCACAAAGUUUUCAUGGUGUGAAUUUCAUCUGGUUAAUGUCCAAGGCUUCAGUCACACUCUCAGCCUAUCUGUAGCUCCCUAUUGUGAAAAGGGUACUUCUUUUUUACUCUCUCUUUAAAAUGGGGAGAUAUUGAUAUGCUGAAAGAGUCAUCUGACAAUCAGCCUAUCUAGUGCCAAGGAUUCCUUUUACUUGAAGGCAUCGACUGGAAGUGCAGUGGCAAAAUGAUUGGCUCCUGGCUAGAAGACUUUUGCAUUAAAAUGUUCCUUAACGGUUUAACCCCUUUGGUAAGUUGUUGCCCGGGCCUACUCGCACCAGUGUAACAAUACUGCAAUGAAGUUUUUAUGGUGCCCAAAGUGUCUCUUAAAAUAUCCCAGGUUGUCUACUUUUUCAAAUGGUAUACCAUGAUAGGAGUAAAGUACAGUUGAGGGGCUACUAAUUUGUCCUAAAAAGACACAAAAUAUUAUAUUAAAAAAUAAUAAUUGUAAAUUGGUUAAAUCUGAAAAUGUGAAAGCUGUAAUUGGUAUGUCUGUAGUUUUACUCCAUAUGAUAUUGUGAUCUUAUAAGUAGUGAUGUCCCGAACGGUUCGGCGAACAUAUGCGCUGUUCAGUCCGCCCUCUGUCAUCAUUGAGUAAACUUUGACCCUGUACCUCACAGUCAGCAGACACAUUCCAGCCAAUCAGCAGCAGACCCUCUCACCUCCUGGACAGCAUCCAUUUUACAUUCAUUGUGAAGCUGCAUUCUUAGUGAGGUGUCCAGGAGGUGGGAGGGUCUGCUGCUGAUUGGCUGGAAUGUGUCUGCUGACUGUGAGGUACAGGGUCAAAGUUUACUCAAUGAUGACGAAUAGGGGGCGGACCGAACAGCGCAUAUGUUCGCCGUCCGUGGCGAACCGUUCGGGACAUCACUACUUAUAAGGCAUUUUGCACUAAUAAGUGGAUCUGUCUUGAUAUUUGGGGGGGGUGGAGUUACAUCGCCCCAUUCCUCCGCCCGCCGUCUACAUGCAAUAUUGUGUAAAGUAUACAUAUAGGGUUUUAUAAGGGAGCCAUGUCUAUAUUAUAAAGUAAUCUAUGAGUGCACUUAUAGAGAAAGCUUUACAUUUAUGGUGGCACAAACACAAAGUUUCAUGAAAUUAGUUUUAGCUGUAUUCAGAAAAGAAGCAGUCUGAAUGUUUUCAAAGAAACGGAAGCAUAUAAAAUGAUCUUUAUUCUUUAAGUUGAACUCUUUUCAGCGAAGUACAAUUCCUCAAUUUCUUUUCAGCCAUAUUGUAAAUCAUCUAGUCAGAGCCAAGUGUAAGGAGGUAACUCUGCACAAAGACGGGCCUCUGGGAGAAACUGUAUUGGAAUGCUACAACUGUGGGUGUCGCAACGUGUUUCUCCUUGGAUUCAUACCUGCUAAGGCUGAUUCUGUGGUUGUGCUACUUUGCAGGUAUGUGAACUAGUAAAUUUAUUUGUUUUUAGCCCUGCUUUUCCUCUCUAUAAUUUGUAUAGCUGUAGGUUUAUACUUUUGUAUUGCUGAACUUUUACAUACUGAGUUUGCAAUUCAUUUGAUUACUGUUUCUUUUAAUUUAUUCUUACUGCAUAACAUGUCUACUAAGGUGAACUGAUUUUUUUUCAAAAGUGACUUUAUAACUGUCUGCUAAAUUUGGAAAAAAUCGGUCACUGCUCUGCUGGCAGUGUAGUGGCUGAGAGGGUGCAGGGGAAGGUGAUUUAUUCUUACCUGAACCUGUCCCUGCACCCAUCUACUUCACGCUGGUCUGCUUCAGCUGCCAAAAGCCCACGUUAGCACUGUACUCUAGCGCAUGCAGGAGUGUACAGUACUUGAGGUCUAUGGCGUGUCCUCCGAUAGAGCCUUUUUCCCUUCAGCCAUCACUAGUGACAGCUAAGGAUGUAAGGAAGAUACUAAGACAAAAUAUUCCUUACUUUGUCAUAAUGUAUCUUUGACGGAGUUGGAAUUCAGUUAAAUUCCAACACAGAAAAUGGGAUAUUUUUUAGAAAUUUUUAUUUUUUAUUUUUUUUUGUGAACUACUUUUUGGGGAUGAGGAUGACAGUGGUUUUUAAGAGAACAACUCUUUCAAAGAUAAACUUGUGUUGUUUUUGUUUUUUUUCUUUGUUUAAAGGCAACCUUGUGCUAGUCAGAGCAGUUUGAAGGAUAUCAAUUGGGACAGCUCCCAGUGGCAACCUCUGAUUCAGGACCGUUGCUUCCUCUCUUGGCUUGUUAAAAUACCGUCUGAGCAGGAACAACUCCGCGCUCGCCAGAUCACAGCCCAGCAAAUCAAUAAACUGGAGGAACUGUGGAAGGUAUCUUACUUUUUAUUAUCGGUUUGUAGGUGAAUGUCGAAAACUCUGUUUAAACUGUUAAGAGGUGCAAUUUUAUUGCCUAGCUGACUAUGUUGAACUGAAAAAUUCUGCUUGUAGAUAUCUGUAUUGCCAAGGUUUAGAUCAAAGAAAGGCUCCAAGGUGGUUAUAGACCCAACUUAUGCAUUUUUGAAAAAUAUAUUAAAAUCUAAUACUCACCUUUGUGUCUAGUGUCUGAAAUAUCCCAAGUUCUUCCAUGAUUUUACUGUGGGAGAUUUACAGAGCACACAUGCGGUUCUUGUCUGUGCUCCAUGCUUCCAUAUGUACAAAUCUUUCUGGUCUGGAGUAGAUUCUGGUGUAAAUUCAUUAUUGCAGCUUAAUUGUUUGAGUCCUCUUGGUUUCUGUGGGACUUGCUUCCUCUUUGUAUUUGGUAGUACCAGAGGAACUAUCACUGCUGGGAUUAUUGCGCAACCCAGUAGGCAACUCAAAGUUAGCAAUGAGCUGUGUCAUUUAUAUUUUCUCCAUUCAGUAUAUGUCAAAUGCAAAGGUGUCACAACACAUCUUGGCAUACAGUCUAAGCCGGGGUUGCCCAAAAGGUAGAUUCCCAGAUGUUGCAGAUCAACUCUCGUGAUGCUUUGUAUGCCUUUUAGAAUACCUAUAGAUUGACCAAGCAUCAUGGAAGCUGCUGUUUUAAAACAUCUGGGGGAUCUACCUUUUGUACACCCCUGGUCAAAGCCAUUUUGAAUCCUAUGACUCUGUGCACAGUAUCUUCACUGCACUUCAAAUCUGUCCUUAAUUCACAGGUAUUUUUUUGUUGUUUUUAAUAGUAAUGAUAAAUGCUUUAUUUUGAGAAAAGAAUGGUGGUCUGAUAGAUUUGUUGCUCCAGCCUAUUGAUAACCAUUUGACUUCAAUGUUUUCUUUGUUUCAGGAAAAUCCUUCUGCAACUUUAGAAGAUCUGGAAAAGCCAGGCGUUGAUGAAGAACCUCAACAUGUCCUACUUCGUUAUGAAGAUGCCUAUCAAUACCAAAAUAUAUUUGGACCUCUUGUUAAACUAGAAGCUGAUUAUGACAAGAAGCUGAAGGAAUCUCAGGUGAAAAUUCAUUAGGCUUACGAGGUAGUAUAUAAUGAGGAAGCAUUAGUCUCAGCAGCAGUCGACCGCUGUGAUUGGCUGAGAGUGUUAGCAGACAGCUUUCAGUCUCACAGCACUUGUUGGUGGUAUGGCUAGUAGGAAGUGUGUAAUCUCAGCCUUGGGGGCUGGACAGUGGGUGGCGAGGGCCACUUAUAUAGUGUUAAACUGCUCACAAAAUUGUGUAACACUGAAUGGAGGGACUGUACCAGCAGACUCCAGAGCACUAUAACAAAUUCAAAUGAGAGUAAAUAGAAAUAGUGUCUACUCUACAUAGUCCCUUUAGUAAGACUUUCCACUGCCCAACAUUUUUUUAAAUCACUGUUUAGUAGAUAUACUCAAACUGAAAAUAUGCAUUCAUUUAAUUAUGCAUAUUUUUCCAUUUGGGUUAUACCUAAAACAUCUUGUAAAAGUUGCAGUUCUCUUGUUUGCUGCCUUUGCAGUCCUUUUCCUUCCUUUUUUCCCCCAGAUUAGAUUUCCUAAGAUGCUCUGGGCAUUGUCUUCUGUUUAGCUCCACUGAGUUAGCGAAACCAUGAGCCGUUGUCUGCUUGAAAGUCAUGAGGGUGUAUCAAAGUUACUUUAUAAAAGUGCCCAUUUCUGUUGAAAUCUGCACUUCUUGUAAAACAAAAAAUGGCACUUCAGGGGUUUGACGUGUCCCUUUUAAAUUCUUAUUUCUAUAUGAAUUGCUAAAGGUGCUCUCCUGAGGACAUACUAAAAGAAUUAUCAUAAGAUUCAGGUACUAUAUGCACUUUGGAUGUUUGAAUAUAUACGAUUAUAAUGGUUUUGCCUUGUUCCUAAAUCUGUGUUUAGACUCAAGACAACAUCACAGUGCGUUGGGAUCUCGGCUUGAACAAGAAACGGAUUGCAUAUUUCACUUUGCCAAAGACAGACUCUGGUAACCAUUAAAUAUCCUUCCUUUGCUGGUUCCUAUAUUGAAUACUUCACAUCAGCCUAAAUGUCAUGGUACAUUAUCCAGAGUGUGUCAGCACUAAAAUGUUUAACUCUACAGUACCAAACUGGUUAGCCGAACACUAAUUUAUGUCUGAUGUAACUAAAAUCUAUUACACAACAACUUCUCUACAUAAUGCUGAACACAUUUGAUACAUGCCUUGACCUUGUAUAUCUGUAUGGAAUAAAUAUAUAUCAAUAUCUGAAUGUUGCUUAUGCAGGCUCAUAGUCAUAACUGUGUCUAAUUUAUGACGACGAGUUAAUUGUCAAAGUGUAAUGAGUUCUGAAUUAACCAAAGAUGAAUAAUCACUUAUGGAAAAUGUGCUUAUUUAGAUUAUAAGGAUUUUCCUGAGAAUGGACUUUUCUGCACAAACAAACCACAAAUGUCAUGGCUCAUUACAAGGAAUGUAUGUCAUAAUUUUUGUCCUGGAAUAUUAGUGAUUUAUGUUGGGAUUUUUUUUUAUCAUGAUACACCAAACAUUACAGUGAAUUAAAACACCUGCAAACAUCUUUUUUCUAUAUGCAUUUUAUAUUUCAGAUAUGCGUCUAAUGCAGGGGGAUGAAAUAUGCCUGAGAUACAAAGGGGACCUGGCACCACUGUGGAAAGGGAUUGGUCACGUGAUCAAAGUUCCAGAUAGUAUCCUUUCUCUUAACUCUCAACUUAUAUACAAAUUGUAAUUUUAAUAGAUCACCAUUAUGCUGCCAUGUCUUAUCUUGAUGAAUUAUAUAAAAACACCAAAUAUGUACUAAUAUAAUGUGGACACAAAUUAAAAAUGGGAAAUGGGUAAGUAUUGCACUCACAAAACUUCUAUUGAUAAAAGGCAUAUAAUUAUUUCAAUCUUCUCCUUUGCACAGAACUCGAAUAGCAGCACCACAUGUAAAGAAAGAUUAAAAAAUGGGACACACAGAGUAGAUUUUAAACAUAAAAUCACUCCAUUUCUUACAUUGCAUUUACAGGAUUUAAAAUCAGUAAUGGCCUUUCAUCCUCUCAACUGAAGAUCCCAGAUGACCAUAAAAUUGAUAAACGCAGCAUUCAAAAUUACAAUAAAUAACACAGAAUAAAUAUUAUCUUGAUGAAUGUCUUAUCCUAAAUUGUUAGAAUUUAAUUGUGCGUCAAUGUCACAACUUUCCAUUAAUAUUUUUUUUUACAACACUAUAGGGUCAAGAACACAAACAUGUAUUCCUGACCCUAUACUGUUAAAACCACCAUUUAGGUGGCUUUCCUCUCCUUUCAAAACUUAAUAAAACUCACCUUAUUCCCAGUGCCACUGACCCGGCCCCUAAUCCGCUUCAUUAGCAGACAUCAGAAUUGAGAUUGGCAAGGUGGAGCGUCGGGAGCAGGACCAAACGUCACCUUGGCCAUUCAGCACCUCCUUAUUGAGAUGCAUUGAAUCAUGCAGAGCAUGGAGACGCUUAAUUGCAGCACUGCCCCAGGAAGCACUUCCAGUGGCCAUCUGAGGAAUGACCACCAAAUGUGUCCCUGGGGAGCAAUGUUAACACUGCCUUUUCUAUGAAAAGGCAUUGUUUACAUGAAAAUGCAUUUAGGGACCAUAUACUCGGCAGAACAACUACAUUAAGCAACAAGUAGUUGUUCUGGUGACUAGUGUCCCUUUCAGCACUUCUAUGACAUGAACACACGCCGACCCUUGACUCUGCAGUAGCUCUUCUGUGAACUAUUUUGCAACACAUUUCCAUGCCUGGUUCACAGCUUAGCACUAUAUAAUGUCAUUAGGAAAAAAGGUGGAAUCUUAGCACAGUUGACAAAGGAAAAAAAAAUCAAGAUUGUCAUAUUCUCUACAAUAAGCUCUAGGGGUUAUUCCACUUGGAGUGUUUCUUAUAGACAUGUUAAGAAUUCUUUCCACUGCAAACAAAUACAUAACUUUAUAGAGUAGAACAAUAAGUUAUCAGACCAUAGUAAAUAUCUGGUAUAUGAACCAAAGGUCUGUGUUUGUUUUGUGUUGCUUAUUAAAUCAGUUUCUAUGUAAGGGUGUGAUUAUUUCCUUAACUGAUUUGCCUAGAUUAUGGUGAUGAAAUUGCCAUUGAAUUAAGAAGUAGUGUUGGUGCACCAGUGGAGGUCACUCAUAACUUCCAAGUGGAUUUUGUGUGGAAGUCUACUUCAUUUGACAGGUAUGAUGCAUAGAUAAUAUUUAAUUAUCAACUAUAAAAUGUUUGUGUUUGGUUUAGUCUUCAAGAAAAAAAAUUUGAAGGUUUUAGAGAAAUCUAAAUCUGGUGAAUUGUAAGCCAAUCCAAAUCCCAUCUAUUCUAUCUUAACUAAUUUGGUGUCAAAGAUCACACCAUGCCUUCUUAUAAUUGUAUUUUGAUGCUUGAUCUUUAAAUAUGAUUGAUAUUCUUGUAAUUAGAAUGCAGAGCGCCUUGAAGACUUUUGCCGUAGAUGAAACAUCUGUUUCUGGCUACAUCUACCAUAAACUCCUGGGACAUGAAGUUGAAGAUGUGAUUAUUAAAUGCCAACUCCCAAAAAGGUUUACAGCCCAAGGACUUCCUGAUCUUAACCAUUCACAGGUAAUUUUACAGUCUUUCACAAAUCAUUAUUGUAAUUGUAUUUAUUUUUUAGAUUUUGUGACAUUGACACUACACUGAUAAAUGUAGACUACAUUAUGCUUAAACUGAUAUUUUUAAAACACAUUUAGGAUCUGUUCAGAUAAUAGGUUCAUGUGAGGCACCACUCUUGCAGUGCAAUGCAAGCAGCUCACAUUCGCAUCAACAUGGUUUAAAUUUUAGCCCUAGUGAGUAAAAAAUUCACCUCUGGUGAGUGCGCCAUGGACCCUCAGGGCACAUAACUUUUGAGGACUGUCUUAGGAUUUGAAGUUGUAAGCCAUCAUUUAAAGCAUGUAGAAAAACUGUGGAACAAUGUUUUAGAGAGCGUAAUUGAUGGGAGUUUACAGAUUUCCUCUUACAACAGUGGUGACCCUUCAGUUUCUGAACUACUGAUUUAUUUCUCAACAAUUUCACAUUUGUCUCUGUGCUGCAAUCAUUCAUAUGAGGAAGCCUUGUGGAAACAUAAUCUUGCUUGUAACUGUAUGGUACAUUGUGAGUGUUCAGUGAAAAUAUUGUUUUGUGUUUUUGUUUUUUAAUGCAAGCAUGUAAUACAGUAAAAAUAGAAGUGAAGAUGAAGGGCUGCUGCAUAGAUACAAUUAUUGUUGCUUUUGUAAAAGGACUAUGAAAAGUACAUUUUUAAAUUGCAAAUAGGCAAAUUGUGCUUUUAUAGCAUUGAAAUCUGUUAGCAUUAGCAUAAUGAGUUUUUCUUUGUUAGGUCUUUGACUCGUGUUAAUACAGUCUAGCUUUAAUAUUAAAUAGUUGGAUUGCAAUCCAAGUGGUUUUAACAUUUUGCUACUGACAGGUUUAUGCUGUGAAGACUGUUCUGCAACGACCACUCAGUCUUAUACAGGGCCCCCCUGGAACUGGAAAAACUGUAACUUCUGCUACCAUUGUGUACCAUCUGGCUAGACAAGGAAAUGGGUGAGUUCAAGAAUGCCGCUCUACUGUGCUUUUAUUUUACAAUAAUUAGCCUUGGUGCUCCAGGUUCCACUUCUUGCUAUUGGAAGGUUUCAGUUCUGCUUACCAUGGCAAUAUUUACACUAAAGCUACAAAGGAGCAGGGCAAGAUUAUGGCAAAUGACUCAGUGAUCUCAUACAAGUAAGUUUUCCUGAACAGUAGAUACUGGAGUAGAUGCCUGGUAUCUCAGCUAUAUUACCAUCUCCUGUCCUUAUGGGAUGCUUAAUGUCCCACACCUCUUGCGCUGGACUGACACUGGAUAUUUUCUGAUAUCUACAGCAGCAUGGGUAUUGUCCCAAACUACCUUUGUGUGAGCAAUUCUGACUCCUAUCAUAUGCUUUAUUCUUCCUGUGCUAUUCCUCCCAUACAAAAAUCUUACAUUGUAAAUUUUCAUAUAUGCAUAUCUUGGUUCACGCUGUUCUUUAUGUGACUUGUUGUCUAAUUGCAAUCUAGCUCCUGUGUGAUGGGAGAAAAACAAAUGUGCAAUUGGUAAGCCUACAUGGCAUAUGACAAUAUGAAAAAUUAACAAAUGUAAAUCUCUAAUUUUUGUUAGUAUGCUCAUGUGAUAAGACCAGCUGACAUAUGGCAAAAAAUAAAAAUAAGCAGUUCCUGCAUAUUCAUUUCAGAAUUUUCUCCUCCCCCCACCAUUUAGACCAGUCUUGGUUUGCGCCCCUAGCAACAUUGCAGUGGAUCAGCUAACUGAGAAAAUCCACCAGACUGGCCUCAAAGUUGUCCGUUUAUGUGCAAAAAGCCGUGAAGCUAUUGACUCACCUGUGUCCUUCCUUGCUUUGCACAACCAGAUUCGCAAUAUGGAGAGGUAGGUGCUCAGCGGACUGCUUGAUUUGUAAAAAGGAUACGGUUGUUUUGUGGAAAUCUGCCUCUAUUCAUAAUAUAAAUGUGCAAGUAACUGACGGCUAUCUGGAAGGUCACCUACCUUUACAAUAAUGUCUCAUGUAAUGUAAGAGUAUCCAACAAAAAUUCAGGUGUUUCAUAAAAGCCAGCAGAUGUUUAUCAGAGAACUUCAUAAAUAGCAAGGCAAACCAAAUGUAAUAAAGUGGCAAAUUGCUGCUACAAUAUACACUUGUUUUUUCAGGUUCCUAAUGAAAACCUCAUAACACAUGGAUGAACAGAUUUCUGUUUGGAAAUGGUUAUAGAAUACUGUAUGUUUAUAGACCUAUUUAUUUUAUUUUCCAUGUCCGUUAGGACAAACCAUGCUGACCUGCAUCCUUAAAUUUAGAUUUAUUUUUAUGAUGCUUACAAACAAGUUUGCAGGCAUUGCUGGGUUUAGCUAAUGUUUAUAAAAGUUUAGUUAAUACGCAUGUGGGUACCAUCCUCAAGUUAAAAUGCAAUGUUGGGUUUACAUGUUAGGAUUUACUGUCAGUUCUGUCAAAUUUCAGUUUUGGCUGAAUACUUUUGCCUGUUAGAUUCAGUUUAAUAUGUUAAGUUUAUUUGAAUCUAUUUAAAGUAUGCCCGAGCUUCAGAAGUUACAGCAGUUGAAAGAUGAAACUGGAGAGCUUUCUUCGGCUGAUGAGAAACGCUAUCGUGCCCUGAAGAGAACUGCUGAAAGGGAACUUCUUAUGGUAAAUCCUUAAUCCUGUUAUGUCUGCAUUAGUUUACACUUACAUUUGUGUAGUGUCACUUUGUUAGGCAAGUCAAUGACUGAAUUUGAGGGGCAUGCUUUGCAGUAAAUAAGACCUAAAAUAGCAUAUAUAUUUUUUAUCUUUUAGAAUGCUGAUGUGAUCUGCUGUACAUGUGUUGGAGCCGGGGAUCCCAGGCUUGCAAAAAUGCAAUUUCGUUCAAUCCUCAUUGAUGAAAGUACUCAAGCUACUGAGCCUGAAUGCAUGGUGCCAGUUGUUCUUGGAGCAAAACAGGUAAGUCGCAGUAACAUUGCAAUAAUCACAUGAGGAAAACUAUUUCAUUAAUGCUAGUGUUUAGAAACAUUGUUCACAUUGUCUUUUUUCUUUUCUUUUUUUUUUUUUAAAGUUGACUACAUAAGCAAACCUUAAAAUAUUGUUACUAUAAAUUAAAAAAUAAAUGUGUAAGUCUUGAAAAACAUUUUGUUCAAUUAAGCAAAACCAUAGUUGGCUAAAGAUGUGUGCUGUUUUAUUUAAUCUGUGGAGAUCCUUAUAUUAAUGUUUUGUUGUUCAGCUCAUUUUAGUGGGUGAUCACUGCCAGCUUGGUCCAGUUGUUAUGUGUAAAAAAGCAGCAAAAGCAGGAUUGUCCCAAUCUCUGUUUGAGAGACUUGUGGUUCUUGGAAUUCGACCUAUUCGUCUGCAGGUCCAGUACAGAAUGCAUCCUGCACUUAGUGCAUUUCCAUCCAACAUAUUUUAUGAAGGCUCACUUCAAAACGGUGUUACUGCAGGUACGUUUUAUACAUCUUAAUAGUUUUAAAGGUUUAGUCCAAGCCUCCUAACCAGUAUAGCCUGCAGUAGUGUUAUGGUGCCAGGAGUACCCUGGCCCUGUUUCCUGGUAAUGGGUAAACCAUUUUACUACAGUUUGCCCCUUUUACCGAAGUCCCCGCCAGGCGCUGAGGGUCGUACAGUGGAUAUUGACGACAUCUGGCUUCUGCGGAGUUGCAAAAGUCCAUCCCGCUGCCUCUUGUUUAGCUUAGAGCCUCAGCCUUUCUCAGUCAAUUAAUGCACUUCUGUGCAUAGAGAUGUGCACAGAAUUGACAUUAACGAGCCUGGAAUAUUUAUUUUGUGAUUGCUAAUGAAACACAUUACGAUUCUGAAAGUGGAGGUACAUCUCAACACGAAACACUGCACAUGCAGACUCCAGGUAAUGAUGUGCUUGGAAGUAAACCUUUAAAUACCAAGCUUUACAUUAUUAUUUCCCCCCUUUACCUGGCUGAGCAGACCUGUUGGGUCAGAUUCUAUUGUUACCUGACCAACUACUGUUGAUCCUUACUCGCUCAGACAAAUAAUGGCAUAACCCUAUGUGUACUUCAAAUCAACAGCAUCUACCCCUGUCAGUGUGUGUCUGCCUGUUCUCUCUCCUGCAUUCCUCCCUCAACUUUAACUGUAUUGGUUAUAUUUUAUUUAUUGUCUUCCAGUAUGUACCAUGCAGACAGCCUUCUAUGUUGUAGUGCUUCAGGACCCUGUGUAAUAGCAGCACAUUUACGGUCACAACUAUGUAGCUAUGUCUUUCUCCUGUCACUUUAUAACCUUUAGUUUGUUUGUUCUGCUCAGGUUGUUGUUUCCCUCCCUCAGUUCAAACAGAAAGUAAAGGUUACAAAUUGUCAUUUUGUUUUUGUGCGUCUUACACUAGUAGCAGGCCUAAAAGUUGCUUGCCACUGCUAGUCUGGACACUGAAAGGGCACACUUAUCAGGGGUUCCUUUUUACUUGCCAGGACUGAAUUGUCCUUUGAUAGUGGCUGGUGGAAAAUUUGCGCUAUCAGUAUUUUUUCUUCUUUUCCUCAGCUGAACAAAUAGUAAUUUCUCCUUCAACAUAAAUUAUGAAAAUAAAUGCUGCUUAAAUUAUUUUGCCAUGAAAUUAAUCUGUUCAUGUGAAUCUAAUUUUAGCUGACCGUGUGAAGAAAGGAUUUGAUUUCCAAUGGCCACAGCCAGACAAACCAAUGUUCUUUUAUGUGACUCAGGGGCAAGAAGAAAUUGCCAGCUCAGGCACCUCUUACCUGAACAGGUUUGUACAGUUGUCUCAUAUUGUGUAUAAAAAUAUCUGUAAUAAAACCAUAACAUGGUGUAUUCAGCAGCUCCCUCAUUUUGUUUCCCAAAAAAACACAGAACAAUUAAAAACCAUUGAGGAGCAUGAUGAAUUAUUCUGUCAUGGAUGUUCUUCCCUUAAGGACCCAUGAUGGAAUAAUUCUGUCAUGCAAUUUUGUUUAAAAAAAUUUUUUGCCAGCAAGAAAUGGUCAUAUUAUACCUCGGUCUCCCUUCUAUCAGCUGGGGACAGAAUAAGUGACCAAUGCGCUGCAUACCCUAACAUAGCGAUUGUGUGCGGUGUGCUUUUUAUUUUUAAGAAUGGUUUGACUUCAUGGCUGAGCAUUAUGAGCUGACCCUCUGCUGCAUGGCAGCACUUAAUUCAUAAGAGCGUGUUUUUACUGCUGAGAGAAGGGAGCCGUGCCUGGUAGUCACCAUGAGGUGAAACAAUUAAAUCAAACUUACUUUAAAACAAUUUUGACUACAUUACCGUUCGUUUGUCUUCUUACAUGUGGUUUGGGGCAAGGGCGCUUCUGCAUAUGAAAGAUAAUGCUCUAUUACAAUUUUCAAUAUGUACUAUUUUUGUUUUCAUAGAACUGAAGCUGCUAAUGUAGAGAAAAUCACUACAAAGCUUCUCAAGGCAGGUGCUAAACCAGAUCAGAUCGGUAUAAUUACUCCAUAUGAAGGACAGCGCUCAUACCUUGUUCAAUACAUGCAGUUUAGUGGUUCAUUACACACCAAGCUCUACCAGGUAUGUAUAGUACCUUCAAAACAGAUCUUGGCUACUGCAAGCACUUCAACUGUUUCUCUUGAUGUAAACAAAUUUUUCUAAAAUUAAAUGGCUAUGGGUUAGUUUUAACAUACAAGGGGGUGGUGUUGAUAAAACAUGUGUUUUACCAUGCACAUUUUGAUGGUAAUAUUCCUUUAAAGAUAUACUUUUUUGUUUUGUGUAAUUGCUUUUAAUUUUUCCCCUUUUUAAAAAAAAAAUGUUAGUUUAUUUUCCUAAACUUGUUAUGAUCAUGUAAUCAUAUGUCAACCCUUCCGAAAACCUGCCUUGUUAAGUUACUAUAUAUCAGUCAAAUUCCAAACUGCACAAGUAAAACUGUAUUGAAUCUGUAGGUGGUGGUUUCCAGUUCUGCUUUGUGACCUCCAUAGUGCCUUAUGCUGUAUAUCUUGGUGGCUUUGCAGCAGCUAAAUCCUACCUGGUCUGUUUUCAUACUCAUGAAAACACAGGAUUAUUCACUAAAUGUUGAAAAAUUGUGCAAAUUAACUCUUGCAAAACUGAGGGGGAAAUAACCACUCUGGGACCAUUCAAUUAAUUUGAGAAAAUUAAGAGUUUAGCAAAUAACGCUAUGUGUCUGCAUUAUCAUUCAUUAUAAUUUCUUUUAACUUUCUUUUCCUAUUUGUACAUUGGUCUGGUUUCUUAGACCGCAUCUGGUAAUUGUAUAAUACUGUUUGUUUUUGUAGGAAGUGGAAAUUGCUAGUGUGGAUGCAUUUCAGGGAAGAGAGAAAGACUUUAUCAUUCUUUCCUGUGUCAGGGCCAAUGAGCAUCAAGGAAUUGGGUUCUUAAAUGAUCCUCGUCGUCUAAAUGUGGCUUUGACUAGAGCACGGUAAGGUUUCUUUCGCUCAGCUUUUUGAAUAGCGAGUUAAACAUAAAUUUAAAAUGGAUCUGUUUUCUCAAAUGUACCUUUCUGACAUUGUUUCUUCUCCUCUUUCAAAAUCAUUUCCUCAUUUCUGACUAAUUUCUCUUUAGUAGUGACUACUUUGCCUGAUGUAUUUUUACCUAUGCUUGACAAAAGGUGGAGCUUAAAGCAAGCUCUGCUUCCACUGUCAAUCUAACAGGAUGUGGAGCUUUCCUUAACUUAAUAGUACCAUAACCAGGGCUUAAAUAUUGAACUUCCAUAUUACUUCACAGGUCUAAAAGUUAACUUGCCACUGCAGAGCUCCUCUUUCUGUGGGAUCUCUGGAAAAGGACAGGGUAGCAACUUCCUGUAACAUGGCGUCUGAUAUAAACGUUUGUAAUGAUGUAUUAUUACAUUUGCUAAGAUUAAUUCUUAUUUUAAGUGUGUUUGCACAUGUAGGUAUGUUAAACUGAUCUUGCCCUGCUAUAUAUAUAUAUAUAUAUAUAUAUAUAUAUAUAUAUAUAUAUAUAUAUAUAUAUAUAUAUAUAUAUAUAUAUAUAUAUAUAUAUUUAAAAAAAAACAAAAACAAACAAUUAAGUGCGAUCAGGUGUGCAGCCAAUGUUAAUAGGCUGCUGCUUUUUUGGCACUAUGGAAAAUCUGUUAAUAGGGAGUCAGUGCAUGACAUACUUGCCAUGGCUAAGUUUUAGCUCACUAGUGGAGGAGUAGAACUUUUGAGCUCCGCCAUAACCAUUAUAGCUCACACAUGUUAAAGCGCCUAAACUGCCCAUUUAACAGUGGUAAAGCACCACAUACAUACAUUAUGACAAACUACUUCCUGGUGACAGUGAAAAUCCAGAUCCUGCUUUUUAAUCAAUGUUUUGAUCCUCGUGGAACAUUUCAAGUCCUGGUAAAAUACUGUAAGGACCAAAAUUUGUGGCAAUAGCAUUAAAAGGGUGAUUUGUGGUAUAUUUCCUUAUUAGGCCUCUGAUUGUUUUUCAGGUACGGAGUAAUUAUUGUGGGAAACCCAAAAGCUCUCUCUAAGCAACCCCUGUGGAACCAUCUGCUGAACUAUUACAAGGAACAAAAAGUUCUUGUCGAAGGACCACUGAACAACCUCCGAGAGAGCCUCAUGCAAUUCAGCAAGCCACGCAAACUCGUCAAUACCAUUAAUCCAGUAAGCAUUUUUUUAGCAGUCAUAGUUUCAAUGUACUUUCAAACUUUGUUCUUUCUUAAUAUAGCAGUCAUAAUGCAAGAAAACUGUUAAGACACUGUGCCGGUACGUAACUACUUUAAAUAGUCUUUAUUCAAGGGAUCCUGUAGUGCCAGGAAAACAAACCCGUUUUUCCUGGCACUAUAGGCUCCUGGAGUGCCCUCCGUCCCGUGGGGCUGAAGGGGAAACCAGCGUCGGCGGGAGAGACCGCAUGCGCAGCAAUGGCCGCGCGCGCAUUAGACCUCCCCAUAGGAAAGCAUUAUUCAAUGCUUUUUUUAUUGUGAAAAUCUGACGCUGGAGGUCUGUGAUGAUGUCCAGCGUCGGAUAACGCACCAAAUGUCCGUUUGGAUUCCUGAAGCCUUCUAGUGACUGUCUGUUAGACAGCCACAGAAGGCAGACUAAGAGCUGCAAUGUAAACAUUGCAGUUCUCUGGAACUGCAAUGUUUUAUAUUGCAGCACUAGGUGCAAAAGGGUCACAGCACCCAGACCACUUCAGUUAGCUGAAGGGGUUUGGUUGCCUCUCGUGUCCCUUUAACUCCAUUUAAAUGUUUAUUUUAACAGUUUAGUAGAUAUACCCCCAAAGAAACCAUGCAUGUAUUUUCUGUGGGUAAUAUGUUAUACACAGCUACGGGGCUCCCUUUUCCCCCGGCACAAACUGUUUCAGCAGAGGUUUAUAAAAAUUAUGAUUUCAAUGGAAAUUGGCACUUUUACAAACUGUCACAAAUGACAGACUCCAGACACACACAGCAAGUGGAGGUUCUGGUUGUGUUCAUUUGGAUACGCUUUAUACUUUUGCCAGUUCAGAGCAAGUAAACAGGAAUGCAUAGUACAGAUGUUGUGGAUAUGACAUAAUUUGGUAUUUUAUCUCUGUACUGGCUGCUGUGGCUUUUUAUACUGGGUAAUGUGACAUGCAGCUAGAUCACUCCUCAAGUUGCAUUGCAUACUUAUGAGUAAAUAGAUCAAAGACGUUUCUAAACCUGAUUAAAUCUAGCAUUGCCAGCAUGCUGCAUGUAGUAGUGGAAAAACAUAUUAAGUUAUGGUGCUUAACACUAACAACCAAAGAAUACCUAGUAGUACACUUGGGAAACCUAUGGUAAUGUAGAGGAAGAAUCUACACACCCAUUUUAAAAUAUAAUAUGUUGGAUACUACGUGGGUAAAAAGAAUCAUCAAUAUCCACACUUUAGAAAAUAUUUAAGGAUGUGAGGGCUUAAAGGACCACAUCACGUCGGCUUUCUAAAGUGUUUUAUGUGUGAGGUAUCACCCCCCCACACCACCCGCAUACCUCCUUCUCAGAUCAAAAUGCUGUACUGUCGGGACUUAUGAGAUCUGCUGCUUUUACAAGCUAUUUUGUACCUUCAAUGAUAAAUGCAUAAUUAACUGUAUGCAUGUUUUCAUUGGCAGCAUAUCUACUCCUCUGAUCUCCUUUAAUGUGCACAAAAUGCAUUCACUCACACAUUAGUGUUUCCUGCACAUUUUCUCUGAAAUAUUCCUGACAUGAACAAAUAAGUGUUCUGUGUACUUUUCUAUGAUUUUUUUUUUUUUAUUCACUUAACUCUCCCCCUAUCCUCCUACCCUAUUUUACAUCAAAGUUGUUAAGGCUAUUCUAGUAAAUAGCAAAUUAUUUUCAGUAUUUGUACCUUUACUUUCAGGGUGCCCGUUUCAUGACGACUGCUAUGUACGAUGCUCGUGAAGCCAUCAUUCCUGGUUCAGUUUAUGAUAGAAGCAGUCAAGGUAUCAUUUAGCACAUUGUCUUCCAACAUACCACCUUACUACUGCUAGUAGUGAAAUAUAGAAUAUUGUUUAUGUAGAUCAUAUUGCAAAAUCGUCCAAAGUUGAAAGGUAAUGCAUUUAAGAAACCACAACAUUUGUUUGCUUUCCAGGACGACCGUCCAAUAUGUACUUUCAGACCCAUGACCAAAUUGGCAUGAUCAGCUCUGGGCCUAGUCAUGUCACUGCCAUGAACAUUCCCAUACCAUUCAAUCUGGUCAUGCCUCCAAUGCCACCACCUGGCUAUUUUGGACAAGCCAAUGGACCAGCAGCAGGUAUGUUCUUCUCAAUGUUAUACUAUCCCUGUUUGUUUUUCCAAAGGUUCUCAGUAGAUGUGUUGUGAAGUGCUGGCUUCACCUGCUUACAUGUAGAAAUAGUGCAAAAUCGUUCAAUUACUAGACUAGCAGGAAGUCUCCAUGAGAGAGACGCUAGGGUGCUGGUGCAGAUGUACAUUUGUAUAAUUUUUUUUAAAGUAAGUGUUUACUUGGCAGUGAAUUGAAAGCCUAUUUGGAAAACCCAAGCUAAAAUAAAUGAGAUGUCACUGCGUGUUAUUUUGGCCUAAUUUCUUAAUUCAAUUUUCAUUUCACAUUUAUUCACUUGCCUGUAUAUAAAUCUCCAUUGUCUGCAAAGUAAUAAACAUUGCCCUCAUUAGCAGCCUCUCCUUGUAGUGUAUUCUCAUCAAUUAUAUUAUUUACUAAAUAUUUAUAUAUAGGUCGUGGGAUGACAAAAGGAAAAGCAACUCGUGGUGGGCGCCAGAAACAGCGUGGAAUUGGACUUCAAGGCAUGAGCCAAGGAAACAUGCCAAAUAGUCAGGCAAGCCAAGAUGUUGUGUCCCAGCCAUUUUCUCAAGGCCCUCUUACCCAGGGUUAUAUAUCCAUGAGCCAACCAUCACAGAUGAGCCAGCCUGGUCUUUCUCAACCAGAAUUAUCACAGGUAUUGCUUGAGGACCUUUUUGAGGACAUCUGUUUGUCAGUAAUGUGGCAUCCUAAAUAUUCUAUUGUGACUUGGAUGACAAUGCGUAUAUGUUCUUAAUAUUUUAGGAUAGCUACCUUGGUGAUGAAUUUAAAUCUCAGAUCGAUGUUGCAUUAUCGCAAGAUUCAACUUACCAGGGAGAGCGUGCAUAUCAACAUGGAGGUGUGACUGGGCUGUCACAGUACUAGCGUGUAAGUUUGAUUAUAUUUUAGUCAUAUUUAUCAGUCUUUUGGUUAAAUGUAUUUAGGGUCUCAACAUUUUAAGAGUUGUGAAAUGUAAUUACAAAAUAAAGUUGAACCUUGGCAUAUAAAAAAAAAGAAAUCCAUGUUCCUGGAAAAAAAUACCCAUAUUUGUCCUACAGUUGUCAUUCUGUAAUGUUAUAAGAUACUUGUACCUGUUACUUGGUCAUACCAAUGUGCAGCUGCACUAUAUAAAAUGAAUGAAAGAAUAUUUUAGUUUCAGAAAUUUGUCUAGCGCAUUGUAUAGAUUAAAUAGUAAUAGCUGCAGUACUACGGUAUUUUAUAAUCUUUUGUGACACACAUGCUUUAGUUUCAGUCAACCAUCACUAGUCAAAUUAGUGUCAUUACUAAUGAAUAUAACAUUUGCAGAAAACAUUGUGUGGUUGUGAUGAUCAACAAUUUUUCAUAAAGCUUCACCUACUGUAUCAUGGAAUUCAGAAAGCCAGUGGGGUUGUAUAGAUUUGAGGUGGCAAGCACGAGAUUUAAUAAAGUGUACUGUUACUUAAUAUGAGAAAUUGUAUUUUGUCCUUGGAAUAUAGUGCUUUCAUUUUUAACAAAGCUUGUUUCUUUUCUAAUAUGAAGGUUGAAGACGAGCUAAGCCUGUGUGGAACUUAGUUCAUCCACAUUUUAUUCUGAGUAAUAAAAAAAUAAAACGGAUACCUGUUUUCCACUGCUAAAACUGAAGCACCACUGUGAGAGCAACAGGAGAGAGAGGAACGAGAGAGGAAUAAAAAAAAAUCUAAAAUAUCGAGAGAGAGAGAGAGAGAAAAAAGCGAGUGAGACCACUGCAAGCACACUGAGACGAGGAGAACGACAGGAGAAGAUGUACAUCAGUGGAGCCACAUCCGCCUAAAGAUGGGAUAGGUAGUACAUGGGGGGACCAUUACCAUUGUUAUCCUAGUAAAUUUGAAUGGCCAGCCAAGCCAAUGUCCCUACCAUAGCUUGGGCAAGUGCUGGUGAAAAGACCUUUAACAUUUUUCCAUUUAGCUCAAAUGAGGUACAUGGGUACCAUUUUAUUAUAGCUGGAGAAAAACAAUUCCUUAUCUCGGAGUUGUUGUUUGUUUCUAUAAGGACUCUAGAAAAACAGGGUCACGUUUUUUUCGUUUUAAGCCAAAAUGUUUGCUACUCCUAAAUGAACCACCAUGUAAUUGGAGAACUCAACUUCGAGAUGUAGGGUUGAUUUUCAGACUGGCUUGGAGAAAUAGGUGGUCAUUAUCAUGUCUCUUCCUACAGGCUCUGUCACUAAUGAAUGGUUUAAAGAAAUUCUUUCUAGAUACAAGAAAGUGCUGGGGUUUUCCUUAGUUUUGUAUCUGAUUGCGGUGGACCUUAAAGUACUGCAAAACUUUGUGGGUUUUUUAGUAUAAAAAAAAAUCCACCACUAACAGGGACUUUCAGCGUUAAGAUGCAGCAAAUGCCUCUCUUUCCUAAAGCAGUGUAGCAGAGCAAUGGAGUAUACACACUCCCUUAAGGAGAGGGGUUUUUUUUCAGUGUUUUUCUGUAUGCUUUGAUUGGCUACUGUCUGGACUCUACUCCACAAAAUAAACAAAUCUUUGUUUAGGUGAAUUGUAUGCUUGAAAAGGGACGGGUUUCCUGAGCCCUUCGGCCCCCACCCAUCACGGAAAGAAAGCCAGGCUAGCCUGCUAAGAACUCCCCUCCCAGAAAUGGAUGUAGUAGUGGAAAUUGGGGAUUAUAUAGGUUUGAAAGUCAAGUUUUUCGCAAUAGUUUUUGAAACUGGUGGACAAGCAGACUAGAAGGCAGGCAAUGUGGAAGGUGGCCUAUUGUCAUUGUGUAUCACUGGAAACAUGCUUGGUGCUUUUGGAGAGGGGCUGACUGGACUUGGCCUUUUAGACCAUUGUAUGCCAGAAAUGGACUCAAAACUACAGCUCAAGCUCUCAUGUUAAGAUUGUUUUGUCAGAGAGACGUUUACUAGAUCAAUAAAAUCUGAUUUCUAAAAUAUUUCCAGUUAAUAUAUAGUAAUCAAAUGCAUUAUCUUCACUCUUAGACUCUUUAGCUUCUUGUAAUAUUUCUAAUUACCCAUCUUAGGUCAUUUGAAAUAGUUACAGUUAUACAUAUGCUGUUGUAGUGCAGCAAUGUUUUGAAAUUUAAUUUAGCCAGCUGCAUCGGUAAAAAAUUUUUUGUAAUUGUAAUAAAUUUGUUUUCCCCAGGAAGUAUUUUUAGUGUUCCUCCCCUAUAGCAUUUUGUUCAGCUACUAUGUACUGCUCAGUUUCUAGGUUGAAUUGAUUAUAUUAAAAUUCUCUUGUAUAUUUAAGAAUGAAAAAGAAUCAUAGCAGUGACAUCUGCAAUUGUUUUUCAUGUAUAUAUACAUAUAUAUACAUAUCUAUCCAGAAACCUGCAGUCAUCUAAAGAAACAGAAACAUCUUGUAUAGCUGCUGAUAAUCAGGUUUUAUGCACACGCUGUGCAUUCAAUAGAUAAGGCUCUGGUCACCUUCCUUCCUGCAAGAUGGACUUUUAUUUAUUAACAUUGCUGAAGGGCUCUUUUAAUUUUCUUUCUUUUUUUUUUUUGUCCAUUGUCCACGCCUCCCUUAACCUUUUCUGUAACCCCACCUUGUGAGUAAAUGCAUAGUUAGUAUAAUAUUACUGUGUAUAAUCCUUUUUGUGCAAUGCUGAUCAACAAGUAGCAUAAACUCCUCCCUUCUAUGUCACUGGCUGGAAUGCUUCUGCUAGCAAUGUUUGUUUUUUUUUGUAGCAGCUUAUUGAGUUUUAACAACCCAUGAACAUUUGUGCUCGCACAAUGUCUUUUUCUUUUUUUUUUUCCUUUUUUGAUUUGUCUAAACUUGUUUUAAAUCUGUUCAUUAUGAAUUAAAUGAUUAAUAAACAGCCUUUCAAUUGUGUUUGGUGUUAAUAUUCCUCACAAUCACAACAAUCUCCGCCAAUCCCGUCUUUUCCUAAUGGAAAUGGAGAUCAUCACUUCUGAUGUCAGCCAAGGAGGUGGGUUGGGGGCGGAGCAAUUGCCACCAUGGCCAAACAGUAUUACCUCAUAGAGAUGCAUUGAAGCAAUGCAUCUCUGUGAGGAGGGUUGAGACACUUGGC